UUGCUGAAUAUGUAAAGUGUAAAGUCUGUGACGGAGAUGUCAAGUUUCAAACAACUUCUGAACGAGGACUUGGUUUUCAAAUAGUUGUGCUGUGUGAUAAGUGUGCCGACCGUAGCGUAAAUUCUAGUCCGUUCGUCACGCAUUCUUAUGAAAUAAAUCGACGAUUUUUAUUUGUCAUGAGAGUUCUCGGAUUAGGAUUGAAAGGUGCAGCAAAAUUUUGUGGAUUAAUGGACAUGCGAGCUUUUAUAUCACAGCCAACUUAUGAUUUGAUAAUAAAUAACAUUCACUCCAGUGUAAAAAUAGCCACUGAAAAACUUUUUGCACAGGCUUGUACCGAAGAGAAAAAUUUGACUUCCGAUAAUCAAGGUAACGAACAUUCAACAGAAUUAACUGUAUCUGGUGAUGGCACAUGGAAAAAGCGAGGGUAUACUUCCUUGUACGGUGUGACCUCUUUGAUUGGAUAUUAUUCAGGUAAAAUAAUAGAUAUAGUUGUUAAAAGUGCCUACUGUAAACUGUGUGAAACUUGGAAGAAGAAACUUGAUACAGAAGAGUAUAAUGAAUGGUACGAAGAACAUAAAAAUACUUGCACUGCAAAUCAUGCUGGUUCCUCAGGGAAAAUGGAAGUUGAUUCAGUCGUUGAAAUGUUCAAACGUUCAUUGGAAAAACUCGGAGUCAUCUAUAAAAAUUAUAUCGGAGACGGUGAUUCCAAAACGUACUCGGGAAUUUUAAAAGUUAAACCUUAUGGUGAUGAGGAAGUUGUAAAGAAAGAAUGUAUUGGACAUGUACAGAAACGAAUGGGUACGAGACUUCGAGAUUGUGUAAAAAAAAAUGUUGAGACUGUUGAGAAUGCGAAAGGAAAAAAAAUACAAAAGAAAACUCUCGGUGGAAAAGGAAAACUCACUGGAAAGAUGAUCGAUAAGUUAACAGUUUACUAUGGCUUAGCAAUACGUAGAAAUUGUGAUUCCAUUGAGAAAAUGUAUAAUGCUAUCUGGGCCACAUAUUAUCACUAUUGUUCAUCUGACCAAAAACCUCAGCACGACAACUGUCCGAGUGGACCAGACUCAUGGUGCAGCUGGCAGAGGGCUGCUGCUGCCAAUGAAGUAUCUACUUUCGAACAUGAUUAUGAGCCACUACCUGAUGAUGUUGCUGAAGCUAUACGUCCGAUUUUUAUAGACCUCAGCAAUAAAAGUUUAUUGGAAAGAUGUGUCGGUGGUUUUAACCAAAACAACAACGAGAGUUAUAAUCAACUGAUUUGGAAAAUCUCUCCCAAAAUUGUUCCGGCAGGCUCGAAAACUGUAGAAACCGCUGCAUACAUAGCUGCUGGCGUCUUUAAUGAAGGAAUGGCUUCAUUAUUAUAUUAUAUGAAUGCAAUAGGAAUUACACUUGGACCCAACGCACAUUUAUAUGCCGAAAAAGAAGAUGAGCAGCGCGUGAACAUCUCCGACCGCAGAGCGCGCGAUAGCACCCGAGAUGGAAGAAUGGCUCGCAGACAACAUCAGCUCGAGUUAUUGGAAGCUAAUGAAUCAGCAGAAGGUCUCUUAUAUGGGCCUGGAAUAGAUGACACCAUAUGAUCCAGUUCAGAGAUAGAGUGGUCACCGCAAGACGUCUUUUUUUAGAGGACCUCCUGGAGAUCGGCUGUAGCUCUUCUCCAGAGAAAUAUUUUUACUAAUAAUAAGCACUAAAAUGUUGUUGAAUAAUACCAUAAUAAGUAUGUAAACUUUUGGAAUCAAUAAAUUUUAACGGCUUCUCAAAAAAAAUUCCUAAAAAUUCGCUUUUUUUCGACCCAUUAACUGUAUAUAACC